AUGAGUGAGUCAUCGACUCUUCACUCAGCGACGCUAGUUUCAUUGGCCCGAUCACUGUCUGGAUAUGGACUCGAUCCUUCCAAUGGAGGCCAUGUCAACCCCCCUGAGGAUAACGAGCCCCCACCCCCAGAGUCUGGGAUCGAUCUGGGACCUGGGCUUUUUUUUGCUGAUGGCAAGAGGAAAGUGGAUUAUGUGCUUUGCUACAAAUACAAAAAAAGGCGUUCAUCUAGGGGACGCCUUUCCAUUUCGUCCAACGGGACUGUUCCUCUGAUGAUACCAUUACGGUUGGAAACUGAAGCGGAGUCUGGUGUGUCCAGUGCUGCUGCAGGAGACUCAGAAGAGUCAAAGUUGUCUGAGGAGGAAAAGGUUUUAAUGAGGGAGGAGUUUGAAGCAGGACUGCUUGAGGCCGGACUACAGAUUGAGCGAGACAAAGAGAGGGCAAACGGUUUAGGGUUCAUUCGGCUACACAUCCCAUGGUCAAUACUCAGUCGUGAAGCAGAGCUACAGAAGAUUAAAGUAGCUGUGAAAAAGAAAUGUGAAUUGCGGAAACGGACUGGCAUCGCUGGAAUGUGGGACUCUGUUGUUGCCAAACUGAACAAACCGUUUCAGCCUGAUGUUCCCGACAUUGACAUCCACAGAGACUCGCAGUCACGCAUCCGUUUCAAAACACUCAAGCACCCUUUCAUCAGAGAUAAACUCCACCUGUAUGAUAUCAACUCCACAGCAACUUUGUUUGACAAUGCAACACGAAGCAGAAUAGUUGCUGAGAUUAUUUCACGCACUACCUGCACUCGCACAUGUCAAACUGCUGGCAUCCAUUCGUUACUGGCUCAGGGUGUUUAUGACUCUGCCUUCUCUCUUCAUGAUGGGUCAUUCACAAGAAGAGGACGCAAAGAUCAGCUAAAUGACAGACAGAUCCUCCAUGAAGAAUGGGCCAACUAUGGGGUCAUGUUCAAAUAUCAGCCUGUCGAUCUGAUCAGGAAGUACUUUGGAGAGCAGAUUGGGUUGUAUUUUGCCUGGCUGGGUGUUUAUACUCAGCUCCUUAUCCCUCCCUCUGUGCUGGGCAUCAUUGUCUUCCUGUACGGCAUAUUUACUGUAGAUACCAACGUGCCAAGUCAGGAGACAUGUGAUGAAAACCUGAACAUCACAAUGUGUCCACUGUGUGAUGCUGUGUGUGACUAUUGGCAACUGAGUACAGUGUGUUCUCUGGCCCGAGCCACAUACCUGUUCGACAAUGGAGCUACUGUCCUCUUUGCUAUUUUCAUGUCUCUGUGGGCAGCGUGGUUUCUUGAGCAAUGGAAAAGGCGACAGAUGUGUCUGAGGCAUACCUGGGAUCUGACGAGUUUGGAGGAUGAAGAGGAGCGGGUUCAGGAUGAACUAAGGCCUGAAUAUGAAGAAGCUCUUCAGGUGAAAAAAGCUAAGAUGAAAGCACAAGCUACAAAGAAGCUGACUCAAGCUGAAGAAGGCGUAGAUGGAGAGACUGAUCAGAUGCUGGCCUCACAGCAAGAACCUGAGUCGCUGGACACUGAGGAUCACCUGCCUGGUUUCCUCAUCAAUGUGUCCACCAUUCUACUGCUGAUGUUUGUAACCUUCUCGGCAGUGUUUGGGGUGGUAGUUUACCGUAUCUGCAUGUUAAGUGUGUGGUCCAUGAACCCUGAUCCUGAAGCCAAGGCCCGAGUCAGGAUGACGGUCAUCACCACAGGCAUCGUUCUCAACAUGCUGGUUGUUCUGGUGUUAGAGGAGAUCUAUGGUGCAAUCGCUGUCUGGUUGACUGAACUUGAACUUCCAAAAACAGAGGAGGAGUUUGAGGAGAGGUUAAUCUUUAAGUCAUUUUUCCUCAAAUCCAUGAAUGCCUUUGCACCUAUUUUUUAUGUUGCCUUCUUCAAGGGCAGGUUUGCAGGGCGACCUGGUGAUUAUGUUUACAUGUUUGGAGACUAUCGUAUGGAGGAGUGCGCUCCUCCAGGCUGCCUCAUUGAGCUUUGCAUCCAACUCAGCAUGAUCAUGCUUGGAAAGCAGCUCAUUCAAAACAAUGUGUUUGAAAUUCUCAUACCUAAGCUGAAAAAGAUGUACAGAACAAUACAAGAAGAAAAGGGGAAUAAAAGAGCUGCAGAAGAUAAAGAGAAUGAGCAAGAGGAGAAAAGACCAAGGCAACAAUUUGACAAAGACUUCACCCUUGAACCAUUUGAGGGCGUUAGCCCGGAGUACAUGGAAAUGAUAAUCCAGUACGGAUUUGUGACACUUUUUGUGGCUUCCCUCCCGCUGGCACCUGCAUUUGCUUUACUCAACAACAUUAUUGAGAUCCGCCUCGAUGCUGCAAAAUUUGUCACUGAGAUCCGGCGACCGGACGCUGUGAGGUGUAAAGAUAUAGGGAUUUGGUUCAACAUUCUUUGUGGAAUCAGCAAGUUCUCUGUCAUUACCAAUGCAUUUGUCAUCUCCUUCACAUCGGAGUUUGUUCCUCGAAUGAUUUACCAGUACAUGUACAGUGUAAACGGCACCAUGAGUGGCUAUACGGAGCACUCGCUGUCCUACUUCAAUGUCAGCAACUUUCCUCUUGGCACAGCACCAAACACCACACUCAUCACCGGUGUCACCAUGUGCAGAUAUAAGGACUACAGAGAUCCACCGUGGGGACAAGAUGCCUACACCUUCUCCAAACGGUACUGGUCUGUGCUCGCUGCCAGACUGGCCUUUGUAAUCUUCUUCCAGAACCUCGCCAUGUUCCUCAGCAUGUUGGUUGCGUGGAUGAUCCCAGAUGUACCACGUUCUCUGCGGGAACAGCUGAAGAAAGAGAACAUGGCAUUGAUGGAGUUCCUGCUUGAUCACGACAAAGAAGCAUGUGCCAAAACUCACUCCGCAGAACGCCCGGUCCCCUGCUUCCCUGCCAACAUAGAUAUUGUAGUGGAUGUUGCACCAGAAGAAGAUGACAUGUGCCAAGUGGAGAAUGAAGAGGAAGAAGUGAAGGUUGAGAUUAAUCUCGAUGAACCCACAGGGUCUAAUGAAAGUAAUGCAGAAGAUGGGAAGUUAUUAAAAGAAGUUGAAGAUGAAAGCCAAGAAGAGCAAAAAGUUGAAGUUAGUGAGGGGGAAGGAAAUGACCACGAAGAUGUAAAAGAAGAGUAUGAAAAAAGGAGCAAUGAAGAAGAGAAAGAGGAGCAAGAGGGACAAACACAUGGAGGUGAAAAUGAAGAGGAUGAAAAUGAAACGGGGGAGACUGCUACUGUAGAUCUGGACUCCUUCAUGCGCAAACUGGGCUUGUUGGAAGAAGAUCACUUAUCAAGUACAUCUGUAGCCGUUGAGCUUCCCUGCUCAGACUCCACUCAAGAAUAUAAGAAAGAGAGGAAAACUUUUUCAAAUCCUUGGUCAAAAAAAGGUUCAGUCCAGAGCCUCAAGGGCUCCAAGGCAGACAUUACAUCAUCAUAUGUUGACACUAGGAUGUUCUCACUAAGUGCUCCUCCUCCCAGAGAGCCAGACUCUAGGGUAAAGUCUCGCUGCUCCACACUUCCUUCCAAAUACAGAGGGACCGAGUCUUGUUACAGCCUGCCGCGGCCCAGCCUCUCCACCAGCCUUACCAAGCUUCAGCAGCAGGGCAUGCUUACUCCCCUCGUUCCUUUGGCCUGUUCACAAUCCACAUCAAACCAAUCAUCAUCUCCCCUGCAGACCCUUGUGCUACCAUCAUCUCCAAAACCACGAGUGUCCCAACAGCUCCAAGCCUCAACUGAACUAUUUGUGCUGAAAGGCCCUCCACCUCAGUUGCCACGUUCCAGGGGGAAAACCCGAUGCUCCACCUUGCCUCCACGACAGAGAGCACCUGACACUGAGGAGCCAACAAGGCCUAGCCAUUCUACUAGCUGCACAAAGCUUGAAGGCAUCCCACCCUCCUCGAGUGAACUGAAGCACAAAAACACACCGGUAUGA